ACAGUCAUAGCGGAAAUGCACUGCACAUCUUGCCAACACACACCAACACAAUCUGCCUGUAUAUAAACACAGAGAGAACGUAGACAUAACAAGACAGCAGAGCAGUGCUUCACAGUUAACGUUGGAGCUCUAAAAGCGAGACGACACAAUCAUGCUGCUGUUGUCAAGAGCUCUGUUGAUGCUGGGCCUGGCCAUGUUGUUGCACGCCACCAGAAAAGAACAGGCUGUCUCAAUGAAGUCUGGGAGAGGAACUGGGCUGAAGGGCAAGAAAGUGAGACUGGUCCUGGAUCCCUCGGUGCAACCUCAGAUCACCAGCACGUCUCCCUCGUCCAUUGCCAACAUGUCUCUGUCACCCUGGACGUACAGAGACACCUAUGUGGCAUCUCGGUUGCCCAGUAGGAUCUCCCACGCUCAGUGCCUGACCUCUAGCUGUCGGAGCCUGCAGGGAGAAGGUGAGGAUGCUGCGCUGGAGGCUAAACCCAUCUACUACCAGGUCCUGGUCCUCCACAGAGUCCCAAAGCAACAGCAAAAUAACAAAAGGGGGAGAAAAGCAAGGAACAAGUUUGUCUUCAGACUGGGGACAGAGGUGAUCACAGUCGGCUGUACCUGUGUGAGGCCCAGUGUCAUACCACAGCAGUAACACACAGGAGACUCCUGAUGUUAGCAAUUCUCCUGUAAAUGUUGUCACUGAUUCAAAUGACUGUGUAAUGUGAAAGAGCAUUUUUUUCCCCUGGCUAUUUAUAGUGAUUUAUUAGCAUUAGCAUGUUCUCUGACUUGCGAUGUUAGCUGUUAGCUUGCCAGCUGCAGUAGCUACCAACAAGCUGUGUGAGUUGUCUCUGUGUCACAAAGCCUCUAGCACCACGUUUUUCAUGAAGACAUGCAAAUCAAUAUCACUGUGCCACUUGCACAAUUUAACUGGGCUUCUCUGAUAGCCAUAAGAACCUGAUACACUGAUAGUACUGGUACUGCAAAGAGCUGCAUUUCUUUCUGCCUCCUAGUGGUGAAAAAGUGAGUCUUGAAAAUGAUAUAUUUGUAUAUCGUAUGAUUAUAUAAAACUUUGUGGGUGUGUAUGUUUUUAAUAGUUUGUCUGAUUUUAUUUCUCUAAUGUUUCAGAGCUUUUUUGUAAGUCACAUUUUAUAAUAACUGUAUUAUUAUUUUAUUCUAAACCAAAAUGCUUUAUUAAAAUUUUUUAUCCCAA